CACCCGACCCAGGCAGAUUCUCCAUGGCACCUUCCAGGGGACACUCAGAGGCAGCAGCUCCCUCUUCACUGACUCCCAGACAUCCCACCACCAACCCCAGCCCUCGAGAAGGAAACUGAUGCCACGGUUCCCAAGGAACCCCGGAGACCCAAGUGCUCCACCCGAAGAUGCGCACAAUCCCAGGUCCAGGAGGGUCACCCAACGAGGCCGGAACACCAGCAGGAUGGCAGAGGACUCCUCAUCCAGUGCAAGUGACGCGUUCCUGCUACCUGUCCGUAUCAGUACCCCAGCCAUAAGCCUGACUCAGUGGAUACUGGGAUGUAUGUCCUGGUUCACCUGCCUGGCCUGCUUCCUGAGAACGCAGGCCCAGCAAGUUCUGUUCAACACCUGCAGGUGCAAGCUGCUGUGCCAGAAGCUCAUGGAGAAGACGGGGGUUCUGGUCCUCUGUGCUUUCGGGUUCUGGAUGUUUUCUAUGCACUUACCAUCGAAAAUGGAAGUCUGGCAGGAUGACAGCAUAAAUAGUCCACUGAAGAGCUUGAGGAUGUACCAGGAGAAGGUGCGACAUCACACUGGGGAAAUCCAGGACCUCCGAGGUAGCAUGAACCAACUCAUCGCCAAGCUCCAGGAAAUGGAAGCCAUGUCAGAUGAGCAAAAAAUGACCCAGAAAAUAAUGAAGAUGAUCCAAGGAGACUACAUCGAAAAGCCAGACUUCGCCCUGAAGUCUAUAGGGGCCAGCAUCGACUUUGAGCACACGUCAGCCACGUACAACCACGACAAGGCUCGCUCCUACUGGAACUGGAUCCGGCUGUGGAACUACGCCCAGCCCCCCGAUGUGAUCCUUGAGCCCAACAUGACACCUGGCAAUUGCUGGGCCUUCGCGGGAGACCGCGGCCAGGUGACCAUCCGCCUGGCCCAGAAGGUCUACCUGUCCAACCUCACACUGCAGCACAUCCCCAAGACCAUCUCGCUGUCAGGCAGCCUGGACACCGCCCCCAAGGACUUCGUCAUCUAUGGCAUGGAGAACCCCCCCAGGGAGGAGGUGUUCCUGGGAGCAUUUCAGUUUCAGCCAGAAAACACCAUUCAGACGUUCCCACUCCAGAACCAGCCAGCCCGGACCUUUGGAGCAGUCAAGGUGAAGAUCUCCAGCAACUGGGGGAACCCACGCUUCACCUGCCUGUACCGCGUGCGCGUGCACGGCUCCGUGACCCCGCCCAAGGAGCAGCCCGGCCAAAACCCCAGCCCUCAAAGAGAUUAAAGUUUAUUCUUUAGCCC